GGCUUCCUCAGUGGUGCACCUUACUGGUUGUAGGACACAAAAAUGACCCAUGGUGCCCAACCCAUAAUAUUCCUGUAAAAUUUUUCCACAAUAAAUUCACCGCAACGAUUAGCCUUUGUCGCAGGAAGCCCUAAGUAGCUCCUUGUCGCCGAAAUUAGUCGAAAUUUCGGCGACUUUUAAAACAGUGGUACGUUACAGUGUCAUUAAUCAGCCGCCUAGCACGCUCAGCUAUAGAAUUCUGAUUUCUAUUUAUCCAUGGUUUUGUAGCUUUUGAAUCCAAUUGGUCGUGUAGUGGGUGAGGAACCCUUCUGAUUUGAGCUGUUUUGAGUAACAAGUGAUUGCUGAGGAGUUUUCACAGAUGAAGGCAAAGAAUGGAGCAGAAUGCAAGAAACAGAAUGGUUUGAAGCUGAAUAAGAAAAGGAAUUUACCCAAUGUGGGAGAUGAAGCAGAUGCUGUAGAAGCCAGUGGUGAUGUGGAAUAUUCUCGCCAUUCCAAACUUUGGGAAGAUGGGAAUAAUGAUUUGGACCCUCAUGAAGAACACAAUGAAGCUGACCUUUCAAAUAAGAAGGCUAGAAGAGCAGACAAAUGUGGUAAAAAUGAUGAUGUGAAAUUGAAGAAGAAAAGGAAAUUAACAAAAAAGAAAAAUGGCACUGAAGCCCUCAAAGUCUAUGAAAAUAUACCAGAGGAUGGGAACUGCACAAGCUGCAUGGCAAGUCAUACUAAAAGUUCUGGCUAUUCUGAAAUUCAAACUGAGAAAAUCACUGCUGAUUGUGAUGAAGAUAUUGGUGAUAUUAAGAUGAGUAAAGCAGAAAAGAAAAAGAAAAAGGACAAGUUGUCAUUGAAGAAUAAAAGAAAAUUCAAGGGAAAGGGAAGUGAGGUUGAGAUUGCAGAGAAAGUAGAUCUGAUCGUGAGAGGAAUUGGCACAAGAACACCGAAAUCCGAUGUUAAACUACCGAGACAUUCAAGUCAUUCUGAACACAAAGGCAGCAAAGCUUCCCAUACCGGUGAAGCAAGUAAUCUUGUAUCACAAGAGGGUUCCCUACUUGAGGUUGAGCAAGUUGAUCAGAUUUCUUCUGGGGAUGAAGACUGUUCCAGAGGAAUGAAAAAGUGGAUCAUGGAAUACCAUUGCCAUAGACCGGGUUUGGAGGUCUUGCAGCAGAGAAUUGAUGCAUUUAUUGCUGAACACGAGGCACAGGAAGAAAAGGCAAGGAAGGAGAGAGAGGAGAAAGCUGCAGCAGGUGGCUGGACUGUUGUGGUACACCACAAAGGCAGAAAAAAGACAACUGAUGCUGAAAGUGGGGUUUCUGUGGGUUCUGUUGCUCAGGCGGCUAUAAUGGAUAAAAUGGCCAAAAAGAAAAGCAAAGAAGCUGGUUUAAAUUUUUACCGAUUUCAAAAACGGGAGGCCCAUAGAAAUGAGCUUAUGAUGUUGCAGAACAAAUUUGAGCAGGAUAAGAAGCGAAUUCAGGAGCUGAGAGCUGCUAGGAAAUUCCGGCCUUAUUGAUGCACGCACAUUGACGGAACCUUUAGUGUCCGCUUCCUUUCUUCGGAACUGCAAUGGUUGGUAAAAACAGAAUAUGGAUGAUUUGCCUUACCCAACACAGUCAGUCCGAACCAGAGGGGUUUCUCUCGCAUAUAGUCUUUCUUUUUGGGAUGAAUUUCUUCUCAACCUUGUUGGACUUUGAAUAUAUCGCGGCAAUUGAUGUCUUUUAGUGGAAGAGUUUGUUCACAUAUCUUGUCAGACAAUAAAUUAUUUUUUUUAGUAAAUAUGUGAUAGAGGCUACUCUUUUACCAUUUUAUAGGCUGAAAGCACAAGUUUCACUAAGUUCUCCGAGCCAUUGUAUUUGUCUGGACUAUGGAUUAGUGGAAGUCCAGCCUGUAGUG